AUGGUGAUCCCACCUCUGCCUCAGCACAGGGAUAUUCAGGUGCCUAUUCAGCUUGUGCCGUUGCCUCAACCUCAACCUCAGCAUGUGAAUCAAGAUGAGGCACCUGUUCAGGCUGUGCUGACUUUUGGCGAGGAGGGGCAGGGUGGUUAUCUUCCUGGGCUUGAACCUAUUGAAUCUAGUGAUGAUGAGGUUGGGGAAGAUGCAGUUCCUGAUCCUCCUUCCCCUAUUAACGUCAAGGAAGUUGGUCCUCCUCCACUGGCUGAAAUGCAUGAAGAGGACGAGGAGGAGGACAUGGAGGAUGAGAUGGAUGAUGAUUUUCAGUUUGGUGGUGAUGGUAUUAUGCAGGUUAUUGUGAAUGAUUGGUUCCUUCCUAUUAACUCAAGUACAGUGCAUUACAUAUAUCUCUGA